AUGUCUGUUCGGCCCACAUCGAAUAUGAACACAACAAGAUCGAGGAGCGGACGCAUCCGGCGAUACCUCGUGGCUAUUGCAGUUGCUCUCUUACUCGCAGUCUUGUUCCGUGGAUAUCCACAAUCUCAAACUGAACAUGUGCUCGACUCCAACCGCUUUCCUCCGCACCACAAGAUCCAGAACGAGCUUCAGGGCCACGGUUUCCACGACUCUCCUCUCCAGCACUUGAAAAGACAGGGCGGCAGUGACGAGGACGACGAGGAAGACGAAUGGGCGAAAUGCGCAAAGAAAGGAUGCCGUCUUAACGAGCUGAUGGGAAAGUCCAAUGCCGAUUUGCAGAGUAAAGACAGGUCUAGCUGGAUCAACUUCGACGACAUCAAGAAGUAUGGCUGGUCUUUAUCUGACCAGGAGGACAAGGUUGGGCCCAACGACGAUGACAGAGCUUCUUCUGCGCCCUUGCUUCAAGCUCUUGGGAUACCUGGACUCGAUGAUCCUUCGUGGAAGAAAGUGCCUUGGGUGCAUGUGACGGAGUCGAAGGUUGAUGGGAAGACAUAUCCGCCUACCAAAGGCGAACACAUCAACUUCUACAACCCUACCCACGGCAUCAUCAUCGCGGCGAACAACCGCAGCCCACUCCAGAAAAAUGGCGACAUCCCUCGUGAGCGAGUCAUCCCUCUUAGGCGCUGGUCCGACUUGGCCUACCUUACCUGGCUCGACGUCUGCCGCCAGCACCACCAAGACCCCAAGAACCUCAAGUACAUCCUUCGCAUGAAUGUCUUCAGCGAUGACGUCCAGGACAUUCUACCCAGAGUCAUCGGCAAAAGCCUCGUCGACCUCACGGAGUCUUACCCAGGUAUCUCUGUUGACGGUAUGCUGCGCUCAGAGAACGCUCGAGCUGCGAUUGGGUUCUCGAACGGACGAGGAGUUGCGUGGUUGUUGAUACAGCACAAGGAGACGUUUGGGGACAAGAAGUUCAUCAAGGCGAUCAACAUCUGGGACUCGUACAAUGCGCACCGGCCGGCGAAGCUAAUGCCUGGGCUGGAUGAGAUUCCGAAUGUGCUGUUUACAAUUUCUUGA